CCCUCUUUUUCUUCAACCCUUCGCCCUUUUAUACACAUUACAUCUUUCCCUCUCUGUCUCUCUCUCGCUCGCUCGCUGAUCUCCGGGAUUUGAAGGAGCUUUAUCGUCGAUCAUGUCAGAGGACAAGGGACAGCCAUUGCCCAAAUUUGGUGAGUGGGAUGUGAACAAUCCUGCAUCAGCUGAAGGAUUCACUGUUAUUUUUAACAAAGCUCGGGAUGAGAGGAAGGGAAAUGCUAAUCCAGGUGCAGUGCCAGCGCCACCAAGGAACAAUAUAGGAGGCUACAAACUUGAAGACGACAAUGAUCUCCCAAGGAAGAAUAGUAAAUGGUUUUGCUGUGCUUAAGACAUGGAUGUAUGGCCUUGAAAGAUUUGGUGAUUCUGUAUCCACAGGGUUUAAUGGGAUUAUAAAAGAUGUUACUGUAUUAAAGCUGUCCAAGUUGUGCUUUACCCAUAUCCCAUGAUGUGUUAUAUAAAUUAUGUAGAGAAAUGAUGAGAUGAAUGGAAGUUUUCUUUCUUCUUC